AUGAAUUUCAACCAAACCAUCUUCUCUUCGGCCACGCUGCUGGUCAGCAUCCCUCUCUCACGACGUGAGAUCUACAACGUGUGCAUGGAUCAGCCCAUGAAGAUUAUCUCCGAUGGCAUUUGGAACCACCCCAAUGGUUCAUCUCCCACACAAUCUGCAUACACCAUGCUUCAGAUUCAAAUGGUUAUAAUCUUUGCCAUCACUCAAGCCUUUCAUUUCAUUCUCAAGCAAUUUGGGUUCCCUUAUUUCGUUUCACAAGUCAUGGCUGGUUUUCUGCUAGGGCCAACAAUUCCGACAGGACCAUUCGAAAAGUACAAGAAGAUGUUGUUCCCUUUUGGGAGUGCUGAUAUCCUGAACACGGUGUCAUCGUUAGGGUUCUCAUUCUUCCUCUUCAUAACCUCAGUGCAAAUGGACCUGAGCUUGAUCACGAAAACGGGGAAGAAGGCAUGGGUCAUGGCACUUUCCUCCUACUUCGUCUCCAUAGCUAUUGGGUUUUCCGUCAUGAACUUGUUGUCUUCCCAGCUGGAACAAAUAAAUGAUGAUUAUGACAGUUUCUCGAGCUUGCCAAUGGUCAUAGUAACUCAGGGCGGCGUUUCCUUCGCCGUCGUCUCGACCUUGCUCAACGACCUCGGAAUUCUCAACUCCGAACUCGGUCGCCUUGCCCUCUCCACAGCUUUCGUCAAUGACUUAACUGGUGGAAUCGCAGCAGGGUUCGGCGCAGACUAUGUGAAAAGCGUGCAAUUGGGAUUUCCUAUUCUAGUCACAAACGUGGUGGCUUUUUUUGUUUACCUAAUCUGCAUUCCACUGAUUGGGCGACCGGCGAUGAAGUGGAUUGUGAAGAACACCCCAGAAGGGAAACCCGUAAGCAAGAUAUAUAUCUAUUCCAUCAUAGUGUCGUUUCUGGGAUUAGGGUUCUUUGCAGGGUAUUUCAACCAACCUUUCUUAGUAGGGGCUAUUAUUUUAGGCCUUGCAGUCCCUGAGGGUCCACCAUUGGGAUCAGAAUUGGUUUCCCAACUUGAGUUGUUUUGCAGUUGGUUCCUCACCUCAAUUUUUGUCACAUGUUGCACCAUGAAGGUGGAUCUCAAAGCCUGUGUACCUUUAUCCUUCUUUGUGGUCGUGUUCCUCUUCAUUCUAUUAGCCCAAUUGAUUAAGAUACUAUUGUGCAUGGGAAUUUGCCGCUACUGUAAAAUGCCCUACUCUGAUGGUUUCUGCCUUGCUCUCAUUUUGAGCAGCAAAGGUGUUGUGGAUGUCUGCUCCUAUGUCCUCAUGUUCGAUUCAAUGGCACAAAACAAACAAGUAAUAGGGGUUUUGAUCGUGUCGGUGUUGGUUCUGGGAACAACUUCGAAGAUUGGUGUGAAAGCACUGUAUGACCCUUCAAGGAAAUACGCAGGGUAUCAAAAAAGGAACAUCAUGAGCUUGAAGCAAAAUCAUGAGCUUAGGAUUGUUGCAUGCAUCCAAAAGGCAUACCAAGUGAUUCACAUGAAAAACGUGCUCCAGCUGUGUUCUCCUUGUCCAGAGAACACACUGGUGGCAGAUAUUCUGCAUCUGAUGGAACUGGUUGGAAGGUCCACUCCCAUUUUCAUUGCACACAGACUUCAGCAAAAGGUGGGGUCCUCCUACAACUACUCCGGGGAACUCAUCGUGACCUUUGACCUUUUUGAACGUGACUAUGCGGGUAGUGCCACCGCCAACACCUACACUGCCAUAUCCCCAAUGGCACUGAUGCAUGAAGAUGUGUGUCACCUUGCACUGGACAAAAACGCAGCCAUUAUAAUCCUUCCAUUUCAUCUGAAAUGGGGAGGGGAUGGUUCGAUUGAGUUAGAGGACAGCAACAUAAGGUCAUUUAACUCAAGGGUUUUGGAAAGGGCACCUUGCUCCAUUGGGAUUCUUGUGAGCCGUGGCCCUGCUGGGUUCAGCGCAGCAAAUUACAAAGUGGCCAUGGUUUUCUUGGGAGGAGCAGAUGACAGAGAGGCCUUGUGCUUGGCUAAGAGGUUCACCAAAAACCUUGGCAACAGGUUGUUUGUGUAUAGGUUGGUUGCAUACGAUCGUGAUAUGUCGAAUUGGGAAGACAUGAUUGAUGAUGAGGAGUUGAGGGAGGUGCGUGGAGCCUAUGGAAAACUUGAAAAUGUUGCAUACGAAGAGCACACCAUAGAAGAUGCAUCUCAGACAACGGUUUUCAUCAAAGACAUAGCCAACAAAUUUGAUUUUAUCGUGGUUGGAAGACGCUACGGAAUGAGAUCUUCUCAAACCUAUGGCUUGGAAAAUUGGACUGAAUAUUCGGAGUUGGGAGUCAUCGGUGAUUUGCUUGCUUCACCUGAUAUGGAGACUAGGGCUUCUAUUUUGGUUGUACAACAACAGUCAACGGCUGCCUCAUGA